AUGGAGCCGCCAGCGGGAGCCGCUCGCCGCCCGCUCUGCCCCGCGCUGCUGCUGCUGCUGCUUGCGCUGCUGCCGCCGCCGCCGCCGCCCGCGGACGCCCGGCUCGCUGUCGCCAACCGGCCCCCAGGCGGGCCCCUGGCGCACGGAGCGGAGCGCAUCCUGGCGGUGCCGGUGCGCACAGACGCCCAGGGCCGCUUGGUGUCCCACGUGGUGUCGGCGGCGACAGCCAGCGCGGGAGUACGAACCCGCAGGGCUGCCCCGGGCCAGACCCCGGGCUUCCCCGAAGGCCCCGAGGAGGACCCGGGCGGCCGUCUCUUCUACAAUGUCACGGUCCUCGGCCGAGAUCUGCACCUGCGGCUGCGGCGCAACUCCCGCCUCGUGGCGCCCGGGGCCACGGUGGAGUGGCAGGGCGAGCCGGGCGCCACGCGCGUGGAGCCCCUGCUGGGGACCUGCCUCUACGUCGGCGACGUGGCCGGCCUGCCUGACGCUUCCUCCGUGGCUCUCAGCAACUGCGACGGCCUGGCCGGUCUGAUCCGCGUGGAGGAGGAAGAGUUCUUCAUCGAGCCCCUGGAGAAGGGGCCCGCGGCGCAGGAGGACGUGGGGGGCCGCGUGCACGUGCUGUUCCGCCGGCCGCCCACCCCCGGGCCCCCUCCUCCGGGGGCGCCCCAGGCCCUGGACACAGGGGCCACCCCCAGCAGCCUGGACCAACUCAGCCGAGCCCUGGGGGUCCUGGAGGAGCGCGUCAACAGCUCACGGCGCAGGGCGCGGAGGCACGCUGCCGAUGACGACUACAACAUCGAGGUCCUGCUGGGCGUGGACGACUCGGUGGUCCAGUUCCACGGGAAGGAGCACGUGCAGAAGUACCUGCUCACGCUCAUGAACAUCGUCAACGAAAUCUAUCACGACGAGUCCUUGGGCGCCCACAUCAACGUGGUCCUGGUGCGGAUAAUCCUCCUGAGCUACGGGAAGUCCGUGAGCCUCAUCGAGCUCGGGAAUCCCUCGCAGAGCCUGGAGAACGUCUGCCGCUGGGCCUACCUCCAGCAGAAGCCGGACACGGACCACGACGAGUACCACGAUCACGCCAUCUUCCUCACCCGGCAGGACUUUGGGCCGUCGGGGAUGCAAGGCUACGCGCCUGUCACCGGGAUGUGCCACCCAGUCCGCAGCUGCACCCUGAACCACGAGGACGGCUUCUCCUCGGCGUUCGUGGUGGCCCACGAGACCGGCCAUGUGCUGGGCAUGGAGCACAACGGGCAGGGCAACCGCUGUGGGGACGAGGUGCGGCUCGGCAGCAUCAUGGCGCCCCUGGUGCAGGCUGCCUUCCACCGCUUCCACUGGUCCCGCUGCAGCCAGCAGGAGCUGGGCCGCUACCUCCACUCCUAUGACUGCCUGCGGGACGACCCCUUCGCCCACGACUGGCCGGCACUGCCCCAGCUCCCCGGGCUGCACUACUCCAUGAAUGAGCAGUGCCGCUUCGACUUCGGCCUGGGCUACAUGAUGUGCACGGCGUUCCGGACCUUCGACCCCUGCAAGCAGCUGUGGUGCAGCCACCCAGACAACCCCUACUUUUGCAAGACCAAGAAGGGGCCCCCCCUGGAUGGGACCAUGUGUGCACCUGGCAAGCACUGCUUUAAAGGACACUGCAUCUGGCUGACUCCCGACAUCCUCAAACGGGACGGAAACUGGGGUGCCUGGAGUCCGUUCGGCUCCUGCUCGCGCACCUGCGGCACGGGUGUGAAGUUCAGGACCCGCCAGUGUGACAACCCACAGCCAGCCAACGGGGGCCGCACCUGUUCGGGCCUGGGCUACGAGUUCCAGCUCUGCAACCGCCAGGACUGCCCCGACCCCCAGGCGGACUUCCGGGAGGAGCAGUGCCGCCAGUGGGACCUGUACUUCGAGCACGGGGAUGCCCAGCACCACUGGCUGCCUCAUGAGCACCGGGACGCCAAGGAGAGAUGCCAUCUCUACUGCCAGUCGAGGGAGACGGGCGAGGUGGUGUCCAUGAAGCGCAUGGUGCACGACGGGACCCGCUGCUCCUACAAGGAUGCCUUCAGCCUCUGCGUGCGUGGGGACUGCAGGAAGGUGGGCUGCGACGGGGUGAUCGGGUCCAGCAAGCAGGAGGACAAGUGCGGUGUGUGCGGAGGGGACAACACCCAUUGCAAAGUGAUCAAGGGCACUUUCACACGCUCGCCCAAGAAGCACGGUUACAUCAAGAUGUUUGAGAUCCCCGUGGGGGCCAGACACCUGCUCAUCCAGGAGGCGGACGCCACCAGCCACCACCUGGCUGUCAAGAACCUGGAGACGGGCAAGUUCAUCUUGAAUGACGAGAACGACGUGGACCCCAAUUCCAAGUCCUUCGUCGCCAUGGGUGUGGAGUGGGAGCAUCGAGACGAGGAUGGCCGGGAGACGCUGCAGACCAUGGGGCCCCUCCGCGGGGCCGUGGCCGUCCUGGUGAUCCCGCAGGGGGACGCCCGCAUCUCGCUGACUUACAAGUACAUGAUCCACGAGGACUCUCUCAACGUCGACGACAACAACGUCCUUGAAGAUGACCCCGGGGGCUACGAGUGGGCCCUGAAGAAGUGGUCCCCCUGCUCCAAGCCCUGCGGCGGCGGCUCCCAGUUCACCAAGUAUGGCUGCCGCCGGAAACGGGACCACAGGAUGGUGCAGCGCGGCCUCUGCGACACCCUCAGCAAGCCCAAGGCCAUCCGCCGCGCCUGCAACCUGCAGCAGUGCUCCCAGCCCGUGUGGGUGACCGGCGAGUGGGAGCCGUGCAGCCAGAGCUGCGGGCGGAUGGGCAUGCAGUCGCGCUCCGUGCGCUGCAUCCAGCCGCUGCACGACAACACCAACCGCUCCGUGCACACCAAGUACUGCAACGACGCGCGGCCCGAGGGGCGCCGCGCCUGCAACCGUGAGCUCUGCCCCGGGCAGUGGCGGAGCGGGCCCUGGACCCAGUGCUCGGUCACCUGUGGCAACGGCACCCAGGAUCGGACGGUGCUCUGCCGGACCCCGGACGACAGCUUCGGCGCCUGCUGGGAGGAGCGGCCCGAGACGGCGAGGCCCUGCAGCCUCGGUCCUUGUCCGGCCCCAGGAAACGUCUCUGAUCCUUCCAAGAAGAGCUUCGUGGUUCAGUGGCUGUCGCGACCCGACGCCGACUCUCCCGUGCCGAAGAGCUCGUCAAAGGGCCACUGCCAAGGCGACAAGUCACUGUUCUGUAGGAUGGAGGUCUUGUCUCGCUACUGCUCCAUCCCGGGAUACAACAAACUGUGCUGCAAGUCCUGCAACCUCCACGACAACAGCACCAGUGAGGAUGACAGGACAGAACCACCGCCCGGGACGGACAACGACAUCGAGGACCUGGUGCCCACCGACCCAGUGCCCACGCUAGUCAUGGAGGCGCAUCCUCUGCCGGGCGCCCCCCUGGAGGUCCCUCUCAAUGCCUCCAGCACCAACGCCACCGAGGAUCACCCAGAAACCAACACCGUAGAUGGACCCUACAAAAUCCGUGGCCUGGACGAUGAAGUCCAGCCACCCAACCUAAUCCCGCAACGGCCGAGCCCAUAUGAAAAGACCAGAAACCAAAGAAUCCAAGAGCUCAUUGAUGAGAUGCGGAAGAAAGAGAUGCUCGGAAAGUUCUAAUAAAAUGGAAAGAUAGCAUCAAUAGCAUUUUAUUUCUUGCUUAUAGAGAUAUUCCAUGGGAUAGCAAAUCCUGUGUCAUGGAGGUGAAGUGAAAAUUCCUGAUUCCAAAAAGUUUUGAGAAAACAAAGAGGGGGAAUGACAUCGAAAAUGUAAGUGUGAGCAAGUGUCAACUAGGAUAGCACGUGUGUUUCCCAACCUGUGAAUGACCUAAGCCUCGGACUGCCAGAUCCAAGAGGGUGCUGGGUGUGGGGUGGAGGGCGGAAAGGAUCACAGAGGUUCUGCAUUGUCCAUCGGUGAGGGGAGGACAGGAGGGAGAAUUCUGAGAGAGAAAAUAGUUGCCUUGAGUUUCUGAGCAGUGAUUGGGAAAUCUUCUUUCCUUGGUGGUAGCAUUCCUUCCUACAGAUCCCCAGACCAAGGCACAAGCCCCAUGGGGACUCUUAGGAGAAAUGGUGGUUUAUUUAAUAAUUGAUCGAUACCCAAGAUGAGCACAAUGAAGUGGAGGCUGUGAGCCUAAAUGCCUUUAAGGACAGGGUGGGUAGCGCGGCCCGUUGGGGGCCAUGGCCCACUUGAUGUCCCUGCCCACCCAGAGCUGACUGUCAGCUCCAUCUCCUUCCGCCAUGUGCCAAAGCUGGUCCAUGGUGCCAGAGAGUCUGGUUUUUUGGGAGAAGCCACAAGUCUAGGUUUUCAUGAGAAAAGUCUCAAUUUGUAAAAGUCACCUCAAAAUAUUUUAAGGGAGGCUUUUAGGCUCGAGAGCCUCCAGUUUGCAACCUCUGGUCUCCACUCUUGGCCUGAAAUGGUUUUGUUAAUGAAAGACUUAGGAAAAGUCAUCUGACCCAUCUGGUGCUCAAGUCGUACAGCGUUUGAAUACCUCAAUCAAACGUGAGCUGUGCAGACGUCCAUUUCUUCUCAGGAAAGUAAGGAGCCCCCCAUAACUGGGGACAUGAGGGUAAAUCUAAACCAGGGGCAAUAUUUGCUGCAUUAGGAGAAGACUCUGGGGAGCUCUCCCCUCCACCAACCCUGGCCUUGGUUGUGCCCUCGCAGGCUCUAGCCCCAGCAUUCUCCCCCAGCCAGCCUGGCCUCAGGUCUUGGGGCUGUCCCAGGGAGACUCUCUCCUCACCCAGUGCAUAAGAAGGAUGAAGGAGGGAAAAUCCAAUGCAUGCUCCGGGGCCCGUGAGUCUCCCCCACACUGCCCUACCGUUGGGGCUGGAGAUCUGCCACCAUGAUGGCCAAGCUCCAGGAUUCUGAGCUCCUGGGCUUCAUGGGCUCAGCUUUGCUCCUGAAAACCAGCUCAGCCUAUGGAGGAUGCCCGUUCCACCUCUCCACCUCCCUCCCUUAGUGGACUCUGAAGUUCUGGGGCCCAGCGGUAAACUGCAUGAUUUACUGCACGAUUUGGCCUUCAGUGGGAGGGGCAGGGCGAGAGGUGGGGUCAGCCCCUUUCUAAACUGUGUUCUUCAACUUCUAUUUUCAUCAGAAUGGUGCUCUGUGAGCAAGAUGUGAGCCAGAAACAGGAGGAAGGGGGCAGGGGUAGAUGGGAGGAAGGUGGCUAAUAUUUACUUCUCACUGCAUCAAUAUUUUGUGAACAUGUGGCUUAAACUUCUCUAAAGUAUAAGACCCAGGGGCACAUUAGCUCCUUAGCUGGGCCAACCCAUAAUUCUUAAGUUUUUUCAUGUCCAGGAAAGUUCUAGAGGCUCAUAGAUCUUAGCUCUCAGAGCUCUUGCUUCUCCAAUUUCCCAUUAUAUGGAAGAGAAUACUGAGGCUCAGGAUAAGACCAUAAUGGCCACUUUAUACAGUUUUGAGGUGCUAAAUGUGUCUGUCUGAAUCUACAUGUGUGUCUGGGUAUGUCUAUAUGUGUGGUCUAAGGAAAGAAGUAAGGGUGUAGGAAAAAGGGAGGGUGACAUCUGGGGCUGAUGUUUAACUUUCCAACUGGUGAAUGUCACUGGGUGAUGAUUAGCACCCCCCUCCAACCUUGUACAGCCCCUUCCUCCUUACUGCUACCACCUCCCACUCAUGCCCAUACACUCAAAGGAUCUUGCCAUCUUCUACAAACCAAACUGGAGAAAACACUUGAGUAUCUCUCAUAGUAUCACUUCUUAUUUAACAGACGUGGUAUAAAGCACGUUUGCAGUCCUGUCUCAUCAUUGGGAAAUGGAUCCCACCACUCUCCCUCAUUUGUUGAACCCUUGACAGCCGGUGCUGUCCGCAAACUCAAGGACUUGUCAUUUCUUGCUUGGGUGUCCUAGAAUCUGGAGGAAGUUCAGGACUAACCCUAGCCAGAUGGCGUGACUCAGUUUACCCAGCAUGGGGGCCAUGGGGUGGGAAUAUUCCAUUCUCAGGUCCUGGAAAACCAGGGCCUCAUGUCUAGGGGGCUGGUGGGAACUUCUCAGGGGUACCGUCCUCUUCUGGAAAGAGGAAGAUGCCCUUUGGGAACUGUCGGCCAGCCAUGGCCCCAUAUGCCGUUCUCAGAGCCCUGCACUGUAUGGGCACGGAGUCCUCCGGAACCAGGCGGUCCUCAGAGGUCCCCUCUGUCCAGGGAUGCAGGGCUCACCCAGCGCUGAGGAACUAGUGCGCUGGGGACCAGUUGCAGAGAAGGCUCAAAGGCAGCCCUGAGCCUCCAAAGCCAGCGUCCGUGUCUGAGGGGCCCGUGGAUGCAUUUUGGCCGAGGUUUUGUAGCACCAGGUUGCAGCUCAGAAGCCCUCCCCAUUCACAGCAGUGGGGGGUCCGCUGAGGGGACGAGAGACACUUCGUGUUCACGGGGGGUGGGGGAUGCAUGCUUGAAUUUGGGGACCCAACUCUGAUGACUCCUUCUGGCAAACCCAUGGAAUUUCAUGUAUAAGCCCUUCAUUUGUAUUUCCAGGUUCUGUUGGUUAGUUUUGUCUUUGCUUUAGUAUACCGAUGGUGCUCAGUAGCAAUGUCAUUGUGUACGCCUGUGUGACAGGUGGCCGUCAUACAGUCAUCACGGUGCUGAACCCAAAUCACGGAAUCUUAUCUUACUGAUCACAGCAAUUGUUACAGUUUUUUUUUCUGUAUGGUAAAAUUUGCUUGAUUUUGUAAUUUAUUAAAGUUAAAAUG